UUCUUCGUAUGUAGUAUUAGGUUUUAGCGAGACACGUUGUUUUUUUAGCAAUUUGAAACGGAAAACAACAGGGGAUAAUGGGGUUGAGAGAGGAUGAAAUCGAGCUAGACCUGGGAUUAUCAAUCGGAGGAAGCUUUGGAAAAGCCGAGAAACUUAAGCCCAUCAAGAACGAAUCAAAACCCAACGAUAACUCCGUUGCAGAUCUCGGAGAAAACGUUGUUUCCGAUCCCCAAACGAAGCGUGUAGUUCAAGCUUCGAGGCGACAAGAAGCGAGGAAGAAGAGAGGAAAUUAUUGUAACUGGAACGGCGAGUUUCGGAGCCAAGAAAAAGGCGCCGUCGGAACGGAAGAAAGGGAAUGCAAGAAACCCAGAGCUGAAAAGUCUUCUGGCUAUGUGAAUCCUAAUUUGAGCGGCGAAAUGAAUAACCCUUUGGUGUACCCGGUACUCCCGGUCCGGUUCCCGUGCCCGUAUCCGCAGCUCCAGUUCGUGCCGCUCGCCAGUGGGUUUGCGUAUCCUUUCGUAAAUGGGUUGCCUUGUUGGGGCGGUGUUGCUGUGAACGAGACGGGUGUUGUGCAGCCAGUGGCGGUGGCGGCGGCUCAGGAUUCGGGCGUGAAUGGCGGAAAUGGGUAUUAUUCGGAACAUGGUAGUAGCAGAGAUGAAAGGAAGAGGAAAACAGGGUCAAACGGGUCUACCAUAUGUAGUUCCUCGACAGGUUCUGAUCUUCAAAGAUCUUCUAACCAAGGUGCGUCCUUUGCGCAAAGUGCUACGACUCACCAAUCGGACUCUGCCCAAAGCAUCGAUAAAUCCAGAAAAGGUAUCGGAAAAACGCCCUCGUCGACUCCGAAGAGAGAAUCCGAUGUAAACAGCAAGCCUGUUUCGACAAAUGAAACUGCAACCACCACCGUCACCGUCGCCACCGUCACUUUCUCUCAAGAUGCCAAGGGGAACAAUAAGGGAAAGCCUCCUAGGCACCGAACGCCUACUAACGGCGACGUCGUUUCCCUUCGGAGCAUGCCUCGUGUAUCGACGAGGGGCAAUGGCCCCAAUGGUAAAACAAUCAAUGGUUUUCUAUACAGAUAUUCAAAUUCUGGGGUCAGCAUCAUCUGUGUCUGCCAUGGGAGUUCGUUCACCCGGCCGAGUUCGUGCAGCAUGCCGGUGGUACUGAUGUUUCGCAUCCUCUGAGACACAUUACCAUGGCUCCGCUCGCUUUUUAGUUCAGGAAAACAAAUGUACAGCCAUGCCUGUGUUUUUUUGACCAUGA